GCCUUGGAUCACAGUCAGGGAACAGAGAUGGUGUAAUAUAAAGGCAACCUACAGCAUCAGCAUCAACCUCACACCCAGGCACCGAGGGUCCAGAUAUACAGCACUUUCUUCUCCUCCUGAUUCAUCCACUGACUCAACAUGUUGGUGAAAGUGACAGCGCUGGCACUUGUCUUGUGUGCAAUCACAGGAUCUCAGGCUGAAGUCAGCACUGAUCAGGUGGUUGACGCCUUCUGGAAUUACUUCAGCCAGCUGACCAGCGGCACUAAGGACACCGUGGAGCAGAUUCAGCAGUCUGACAUCAGCAAGCAGCUAAAUUCUCUAAUUGAGGAAAACCUGAAGAGCGUAAACCUUUUUGCAGGAGAACUGCAGCAACAGUUGAUUCCCUUUGCUCAGCAGAUUCAAAAGCAACUGACACAGGACUCAGACAAGCUGAGAGAACAGAUCAGGCAGGAGCUGGAGCAGCUGAGGGUCAAGCUGUCCCCAUACACAGAUGAGGUGCACAAGCAGCUGAGCAGAAAUGUAGAGGAGCUUCAGAUAAAAGUGGCUCCAUAUGCAGAGGAGCUUCGCACCCAACUGGACAAAAACAUUCUGGCGGUCAGCCAGCAGCUUAAGUCUGUAACUAAGGACCUGGAAGCCAACAUCCGAGAGAAUGCAGACCAAAUACAGAUGUCACUGGUUCCAUACUAUCAAGCACUGGGGGUCGCAAUAGACAACAAUGUGGAGCAGCUGAGGAAGCAGUUGAAACCCAUUACUGAUAAAAUGAAAGAUGACAUAGAUCAACAGUUACAAGAGCUCUCUAAAAGCCUGGCCCCCUAUGCUGAGGAUAUGCAGGAUGCACUACGCAAACAGAUAAGGAACAUGGACAUCCAGAUGAGGAAGAAGGUAGACCAGAUGGAAAGCCAAAUCCUGGACUUUGCAGUAAAGCUGAAAGGGCAACUCUACCCAUAUGCAGACCAGCUUAGAAGCACGCUCAAUGGAGAUAUAACAGGUGUCAGAGAGAAACUGGAGCCCUACCUGGCCAAGAUGAACCAGCAGAUGGACCAGAAGAUUGCAGAGUUCAAAGACACAAUUGUCCCCUAUGCAGAUGGCCUGAACAAGGAACUUGUGCAGAGAGUGGAGGACAUGAAGAGGGAACUGAGCCAGUAUAUUGUCAGCAUGCAGGAUCAGAUGGAUGUUUUGGAGCAAGAUGUCCGAGACAAGAUCCAAGAUUUCAUCAAUAGGGGAAUUUCCACUGAGAACUGAGUCUUCAUCACACUGACUUAUGCCAGCUGAACAAGUCACUUAAUGUAACUUAUAGCAUGAUAUAUAAAGGAUGCUUGUUAGUGCAUAAGAAAAUAGCAAAUGUUGUUGUGACUUGAUUUCCACUCUUAAGUAGGUUCAAGGAUGGGCAGGUUCGAUUCUCAUCAGUGGUUUGUACUAAGCUUUGACUCCACAGUGAAAUAAAAACUGCUCAUACUACUGUAUCAGUGUUUAUCCAGAAGUUAUUGGACUAUACUGUAGCAGACAAUGGAUCAGAUGUAUUAAGCCUUGAGAAGUGAUAACGCAGUGAUAAAGCAGUGGUGGAUGCAAGGUGAUAAUGCACCAGCCAGUCAGCUCCUGACUGUCAAUUUACAUAUUGGAGCUGAUUGGCUGGUGUGCAGGGCCGGACUGGCCCACAGGGGUACAGGGAAAACCCCCGGUGGGCACUAACCCCCCUCCCCUCUAGGGAAGAGGUUCCUGACUGUGCACUUGAAUUAUACAUUAUGCACAUGUUCUAUUAUAAUGCACAGGACUAUGGUAUAUUUUCUAUCAUGCAUUGCUGUUAUUAAUCUGCUACAAUAUCAUGCAUGCACUAGCAAUAUUGACUGUAUAUAUAUCAAGUUCCCAAGCCCAUGCGGUCUCCAAUGGUUAUAUAAACCAAUGUGGUGGCUUGCCACACCCCUAUGCAUGGGCCCCUACCACUGCAUUCCCCCGGUAGACCCUUCAUACCCCAGUCAGACACUGCUGGUGCAUUAUCACCUUGCACUUAUCACUGAUUUAUCACUUCUCCAGGCUUAAUACAUCUGCCCCAGUAUUCUUAUAAUGAUAUUGGAAAUAGGAUGUCUUGUUGUCAUUUAACCCUAAUACAGCCAAGUACAGUACUGUACAGUAUUGGGGCAUUACUGAAUGGUGUCUGUUCUUCCUCCUGCAGCCUUGGAAAUGUAAAACCUGUGUGUACACUUUUUUGAAUUCUGUUAAUAAAAUGCAAAUUAGCAAUG